UAAAGACUCAAAAAAAAAAAAAAGAGAGUCUGCGUGGAUCUCCAGCCGUAUUCAGACACUUCACCCACAAAAAUCUCCGCUCGACGACGAUGAUCCCUUUCUGCUGAAACUAUUUUGGUUCUUGGGUCGCUCUCGAAUUUUUCUUAGUCUUCGUCUCUUUUGGAUUCUCGUACUAGUCUUUGUUUUUGAUUCCGAAGAGGGUUCAGUAUCGUUUCUGCAUUUUCAUUUGGUUAAAAGCAGAGAGAGAGAGAGAGAGAGAGAGAGAGAGAGAGAGAGUGAUGGAAGAUGCAGCAGAGACAACGUAUUGGUGUCACAUGUGUGCUCGAUCGGUGAAUCCAGUGAUCGAAGGCGAGAUCAUCACAUGCAACUUCUGUCAAAGUGGAUUUGUUGAACAAGUGGAUGAUAACAAUGCUCAAGAUCCCGCUACCACUGAUCAACUCCCUGCCGAUUCUCUCUGGGCUCCUAUCUUGAUGGGGAUGAUGACCAACAAUAAUGACCACAUUUCAACUGAUCAGGGAGACUCAGAAACUAUUGCUCAGGACGAAUAUGAAGACAUAGACGAAGAAGACGACGAUGACGAUGAUGAUGAUGAUGAUGAUGAUGCUUUUGAUGUUGCUGGGGGCAAUGAUGGAGAAGUUGAUAUAAAUGUGCAUCUUGAAGCGAUUAGAAGGAUAAGGACUAGGCACUCUGCUGCCAUCGCUAAUAUCCUUCAGGGGAUUCGAGCUGGGUUGUUGACUGAAUCCCAGAACCAUGAGGAUAACAGCGAGCUCGUUAUCUUGAUCAACUCCUUCAACCAAAGGAUCAGUGUUCAACAAGAUUCCAUCGACACCACUUCUCUCCCUUCUGGAUCUUUGGGUGACUAUUUCAUUGGACCUGGAUUCGAGACCUUGAUUCAGCGUUUGGCUGAGAAUGAUCUGAACAACCGCUAUGGGACACCUCCGGCUACAAAAGAGGCAGUUGAGGCGCUGGGGAUUGUGAAAAUCGAAGAUCGUUUGCUGCAAUGUACUGUGUGUUUGGAUGAUUUUGAGAUUGGUAUGGAGGCGAAAGAGAUGCCUUGUAAGCAUAAGUUUCAUAGCGACUGCUUGCUGCCAUGGCUUGAACUUCAUAGCUCAUGCCCUGUGUGCAGAUAUCUGCUUCCUACAGCUGAUGACGUCGGUAAGCCAAAGACCGUUGCAGAAACUUUGAGAAACGAUGGUAACAAUGGCGGUAUCAGUAUCGGUUCUGUGGUAAGCGAUGGAUCAUCAUCACCAGACUCAAGUUCGAACAAUCCAUCAGCUAACUAAACUAAGGCUCACAAUUUGGGUCAUCAGGUUACUUGAACAGUCGUUAGUGUUUCAUGUUAUUUUGCUCUGCACAUAGUUUCUCAGAGUUGGUGAAUAAUGGAUUCUUUUGAAUUUAAUUACAAGUCCUUUUUUAAUUGACUUCAACA